AUGUUGCAUCCAUUGAUAGAAGACAUGAAUGUUUUCAAUAUUUCGGUAAUUGUACUCAUAACUUGUGUCUUAGUUUAUGUUGCUUAUCCCAAAUCAAGGUAUUAUUUCAAGCGAUUUUUUUAUAAAGUUUGUCUGAUAUUAGCUGGGACUUUUGGGGCAUUUAUAUCAGUAGUGAAAGGAAGGACACCAAAAAACCAUUGGCACACAUUUCGAAUUUUCCAAUUUUUGACAAUUUGGUGUGGUAUAUCUUUUGAAAUUCGCAAUCGAAAAUAUAUUGAGCACAAUGAACCGUUCGUUAUCGUUGCAAAUCAUCAAAGUUCUCUUGAUGUUCUCAGUUUAACACAUGUGUGGCCUGAAAACUGCAUUGUUUUGUUAAAAAGCAGUUUAAAAUAUAUGCCGGGUUUUAAUAUUUGCGCAUAUCUUUGUGAAGCUAUUUUCGUAAAUAGGUUUAGUAAGGAGAACGCACACAAGUCGAUUGAAAAAUCAGUAGCAGCUAUUCAGAAUCAACGAAAAAUAUGGAUUUUCCCGGAAGGAACACGGAAUUCAAGUGGUACACUGCUACCAUUCAAAAAAGGUGCUUUCGUUAUUGCACGUGAAGCUCAGGUUCCGAUCGUGCCAAUAGUAUUUUCGUCGUACCAAUCAUUUUAUAAAAAAGAUGAGCAUAUAUUUAAUUACGGUGGUCGAGUGAUAAUAGAAGUACUUCCGCCAAUGUAUCCUUCUUCAUAUCCUGAUGUUGAUAGCAUGGUUGAAGACUGUCGUAUGCAAAUGGGAUAUGUUUAUUACAAAAUUAGUCAGGAGUUAAUCGGAAAAUGA